AUGACAGUAGUAUUUCCAACAAGUCUCAACCUCGAAAAUCGUAGAUCAGGCCAUGCCGGUAAUCUUACAGAGGAACAAACACAAAAGUUGAAGCAGAUGUGGUCACGUCUUUUGGCUCUCUUCGAGCAAUCUGGCGAACCUGUGCAAUUACCAAAUCGUAACGCAGAAGAUGCACAACCAAAGAAGAAAGGCGGUUUUUUCAGUUCCUUCACUGCAAAAAAAGAAGAACCUGCCCAAGAUUAUUUCUUAGGUGCUACGUCAGAUCCUCGUUGGACAAGUCAACCGUUAGAUAAAGCUCUGCCUAUGAUUCCAGGCAAAAAGCUACAUGAAGCCUUUUGGGGAAUGGUGCACCUCACUAAUCCUGAUGCCACUGUUUUGAGAUUUUUGCGCGCAAGAAAGUGGGAUCUCAAUGCGGCUUUUGAUAUGUUGGCAAACACUCUACGCUGGCGUAUUUCGAUGAGAGUCAACGAGAUCAUCUCUCUCGGUGAAAAUGGAUUGUAUGAGGAAUUAGAAAAAGCUAAGAAAGGUCUAGGUGAUGCUUUUAAAAAGCAAUUGGCGCUCAAAAUGGUUACAUUAGGUGGUCCUGAUAAGGACGCACGUGGUGUUUGUUUUAUUAACGUCCAAGUACAUCACAAAGAUGCUCAACCUUUGGAAAUUAUGAAAUUGUUGACUGUUUAUAUCAUGGAAACAUCCCGUCUCGUUUGCGAUUAUCCUAUGGAUACUGUCUGUCUUGUCUUCAACCUUGAAAACUUCACUAUGGCCAAUAUGGAUUUUGAAGUUGUAAAGUUCUUGGUCAAUUGCUUCCAAGCUUAUUAUCCAGAAACAUUAGGCCUUUGCUGUGUGCAUAAAGCCCCUUGGGUUUUCACUAAGAUCUGGAAUUUGAUUACUCCUAUCUUGGACCCUGUUGUUGCCAGCAAGAUUCUCUUCACAAAGGAUGUAAACGAACUCGAAAAGCACAUCGACAAAGAUUGCUUACCUGUUAUCAUUACUGGCGAUGAAAGUAGACCAGCAUUGGAUGAUCUUAAAGCACCACGUGAGGCAGAACCUGGUUGUCUAUCCCCACACGAAGCUGAUCCUCGUAUGCAAGCAUACCAUAAUAUGAUUAAAGAGUAUGAAGCAGCAACACAGCAAUGGGCCAAGUCGAGUGCUUCAGGCGCUGAAGAUGCUAUGGAUCGUUUGAAAUUGGCUCAGCAAUAUCGUUUGACAAGAAUUAAGGCAGAGAAAUUAUUGAGAGGAGAAACCAGUUACCAUGUCAAGGGACUUAUUAAUAUCACUGAUGAUGAUAGACUUAUUAUCAAAUACAAUACCAGCACCUGGCAAGAAAAAGAUAUCACUGAAUGGGUUUAA